CACGGUACCAAGGGCUUUCCAUCUUCCACGUAGGGUAACCAGCUCCCCACGCACUGUGGUGAUCCACUGUGCGUGUGUGCAGCAACGUAGCGGAACGCAUCUCCUCCAAGCGCAAUAUAUGACAAAUAAAUAAACGAAGCUCUGGUCUUGGUGAGUGGCAACAUGCGCAAUGACUAACAACUCUGUUGUUGGACCCUGGCAGUGCACAGAAAUCUAGUCCGCAUCAUUCUCUGACAGCACUACGAAAGAGAGGAGAGACAGAGAGGCACGGCUGGAUUCUCAGUCGAGCAGCAUGACCGACGCAGUAAUGAGCGGUGGUUCGGAUCGCUGGGUGUCCAACGACCGGCAGAGGAGCAUGCGUCCGAGUGAUAAAGAGCAGGGGAAUUGGACGAUGCAGUCUGGCUCUGGUCCUGGUCCAGACCUAACAGAUGAGGAGAAGGAGAUUAUAAACAAUGUGAUUGCCCGCGCUGAGAAAAUGGAGGCCAUGGAGCAGGAGAGAAUUGGGCGCCUGAUAAACCGCCUAGAUGACAUGAAGAAGACCGUGUGUGGGGACGGUGUUUCUCGUUGCCUGCUGUGUGGGGAGCAGCUGGGCUCACCUGGGGUCAGCUCCGUCGUGUGUGAGGACUGCAAAAAGAACAUGUGCACAAAAUGUGGCACUCAGUGUGGUAGUCGAAGUCGCCCUGUGUGGCUGUGCAAGAUCUGCAGAGAACAGCGAGAGGUAUGGAAGAGGUCCGGUGCCUGGUUCUUCAAAGGCUUUCCGAAGCAGUUCCUCCCGUCGCCCAUGCCGUUGUCUAAACCGAAGGAGACAGCUCCUCAGAAGGCAGCAGAGCCUCAGAAGCCAACAGUGUCUGAGCCCAGGGAGGCAGCAGCUCAACCAAAACCACCAGGUUCCCAUCAGAGUCAGACUUCAGCCUCUGAAGUUUCAGGUGCGCAGAUGCAGGCCCGUGGUAGUUACCCACCUGUGGCCCCCAAACCAGCUAUGCGUAUGGGUGCAGGGGGGGUUGGCCCUGAAGAGGGUGGUCAAGGAAGUCCGGUAGUGAUGAAGAAGAUGGUUCCGGUGCACAGCUCCAGGGCACAACCUGUUGCCUCUGCCGCAAUGUCUCAGCAGGGUCCUGUGGCAGGAGAUGUGGGUGCUUACGCCUCGGAGCAGAGAGCACCUCCUGCUGUAAGAGAGGACAGGAGGCAGCCGGCUGCCUACAGCGCGCCCCCUCCACGACAGCAGCCUCCCCCGGCUGAGGAGGAGGAGGCCAACGACUACGACUCUGACGAAGCCACAACUCUGGGCUCUCUUGAGUUUGGCCUUCUCUUCGAUCAGGAAAGCAACAGCCUCCAAUGUAGCAUCCUCAAAGCAAAGGGCCUGAAGCCCAUGGACUCCAAUGGGCUCGCAGAUCCUUAUGUGAAGCUUCAUCUGCUUCCUGGGGCUAGUAAGUCCAACAAGUUGCGUACAAAGACCUUGAGAAACACCCGCAACCCUGUGUGGAAUGAAACACUCACCUACCACGGCCUGACCGACGAAGACAUGCAACGUAAAACCCUCAGGCUCUCUGUCUGCGAUGAAGACAAGUUUGGGCACAAUGAGUUUAUCGGCGAGACCCGGGUAGCACUGAAGAAGCUGAAGAUGAAUCAGAAGAAGAACUUCAACGUCUGCCUAGAGAGGGUUGCGCCUACGAAGAGAACUGCGACAGCCGGAGGAGCAAGAGGGAUUGCACUCUACGAAGAUGAGCCAGGAAAGGAGGGCACGGAUGCAGAGGAGCGCGGUCGCAUUCUGAUGUCCCUCAUGUACAGCACCCAGCAGAAUCGCCUCAUCGUGGGGGUCGUACGCUGCGUUCACUUGGCUGCCAUGGAUGCUAAUGGAUACUCUGAUCCAUAUGUCAAAAUAUGCCUGAAACCUGACAUGGGGAAAAAGGGCAAGUGCAAAACACAAAUCAAGAAGAGGACUUUAAACCCAGAGUUUAACGAGGAAUUUAGCUACGACAUCAAACACAGUGAACUGGCCAAGAAGACAUUAGACAUCUCUGUGUGGGAUUAUGACAUUGGGAAGUCCAAUGAUUACAUAGGUGGCUGUCAGCUGGGCAUCACCGCCAAAGGAGAGAGGCUGAAGCACUGGUACGAGUGUUUGAAGAACAAGGACAAGAGGAUCGAGCGCUGGCACACCUUACUGAAUGAGAAUCACGUUGUCAGCGAUUAACCAUACAUACAGCAUGGGCUCACACCUAAUCAGUUUGCAUUCAUGUCUUGUUGCACUUUUACAAAUGUAGUUUUUUUUUUGGUUGUUUUGUUUCCAUAUAGAUUUUAAUAUAACCAAACACGCAGGCACUGUUUCUCCCUUCUCCCGUAUAAUCCCCUAUUUUUAUAGUAGCGGUUUGGUCACCGAUACACAAUUUGCUUCUGGCACAAAUCACAUUGUGCAAAUGAAUCUGAAGUUUAGUAACGUGACCCAAACAAACUGUUACGUUAUGGAAAAUGCUGCAACAACAACAAAAAAAGGCCUUCAGAAAUGCUUCGUAGUGAUACAUUCUUCACUGAAGUAAAUGAAGCGUGAAUUGCACUGGGACAGAUCAUGAAAAGCAAUAUGUUAUGGCAUCAGAAGCAUCGCCUAAGCGCACGAAGGCCUCAAACUGGGCCCACAACUCAAAUUCAUGACUUAAUUGCCAUGUGAAACAUAUAGAGCUCUAUAAGCAUGCCAGACCACAGCUGCACCUUAAAAUAGCUCAGCUGUAUGGACAUAUUGUAUAUUUCCGCAAAAAAAUGUUUACAUAAUGAUACAUUGCUCAGGAUAGGAUAGACAUCUGAUACAACAGAUGAUUCAUACGUGAGUGAACCAUGAGCUAGAAAAAUCUGCAAUGAGUUGCUGUUAAUUUGUGGUUUAAAAAAAAGUGUAUAUAUAUAUAUAUUCUAGCACACUUAUAUAGUUUGACAGGAGUUUUUCUGUAGUGUUAUUCAAGACGUGUGUGCUAUUUUACGUUUGUAGGGCGUAAUAACUAUGUGUUAAGAGAAACCAGAAAGCGAUCCAAGAUUCUGAUCUUUACGGAAGAAAAAAUAAAUAAAAAAUUCUGACUUUAAAGUCAUAAUUCUUUUUUUUUUUCGGUGGCCCUAGUCCUCUUCCAUAGAUCUUUCAUUUAGUUUCUUUGGGAAAAAAAAAGAAAAGAAGAGAAAACGAAUAUAAUCACGUCCUGCUACCUCUGCUCGUUCAAAGCUCGCGGUUCACUCUGACACCUCAGAGGGUUUUUUACUGCACUGUUUACAUUGAAUACACAUGGUUAAGUCUGCUACAUGUUUACAGAAGAGAGAAGACGGAGCAAGUUAUGUCUAAAGUAUGUGCAGUCUAUAUCUGCAUGCACUGUGCUUGUGACUCUCAUGUGCCUGGGGCAUUCUUAGCCCGCUUUUACCCCAAACAUUCCCCUCUUUUCCCCCUGUCUCGCUCUUUUCCACUCCCUGAUUAUCCAAAGCUUAAGUGAGUGUUUGUUCACUAAUUAAAGCAAAUCGAGGAAAGCACACCUUACACAGUGGAAUGACCUCUAUUUAUACAGUAAAUUAUCUGCAAGUUAUUCCAGUGUGACAACAAAGACAAAAAAAAUUCUAUGCAUGGAAAUGUCUUGUGAUUAAAGAUGUACAUCUAUCUAUCUAUCUAUA